GGUUCCUCGGGCCAAGGCUUCCUCGCGUCAAAGGAACGAAGGAUCCAGAGAAACAAGAUCCAGGGAAUAUAAACAUAAGAAGUCUAAAACCCUAUUAAAGAAAAAUAAUUAGAAAGAAACGUAAUAAAGAAAAUAUAUAUACAUAUAUUUAGACAUUUUUAUGGAAGAUAUUUAUUUACAUUGAGCUGAAUUAUUUGACCAUGGCACCUCCCAACAUCGCUCCCUUGGAGAAUAUAUUGCAGAACAGUAUAGAAAAUCUCAUGGUAGCUGAACAGCAACUGCGAGAUAAAGGAGAUGAAUAUCGAGCUGAAGAAAACUUUGAUCUUGAAAAGUUCUGGAAAAAUAUUAAAGUUAUUUCUCAAAAGUUGUCCUUUGAAUGCAGCAAAAUAUGUAUCUGUUUUAGCCAGUAUCCAAUACCAUCUGCCAGUGAAACAAGCAGUCUUAUGACGUCACUUGAACAAGCGGUUUUGGCAUUGGUGUCUGCUUGUUAUGGUCUCCCACCAGCCUGUGGCCAAUGUCUUCGUGAUAAUGUUCAAUAUGGGAUACUUAGAGCUAUUCAAUCAACGCGACAACUUUUGAAGAUUAUAAAGGAUGAAGGGGGUGAAGCUAUGGCUGCCAGGUACCGUCAGUCCACAGGCAUUGUAUGGCAAGGAUGUGACAAAUUAGAGAAAUGUCCACGUGAUAAUAAAGCUACAGUUUUGAUGGAGCUGAGAGGGCAAAAUGCUUUGGUAUCUGAUGCAUUUGAUGAAAUUGCUGAGGCUCUAAAGGGUGAUGGAAGUGGUUGGAACAAUCUUGGAGAUGAAGAAGAGGAGAUGGAGGAUGAAGAAGAUGAAAAAUGGUCAAAUGAAGACAAAGAUCUUAUUGGCCCAUCUGUCAACCUUAUCAAGGCUGCAAAGAUUCUAUACAAAAGAGUCAUGGAUGCUGUUGAGAAGAAUGGCUCCAGUGACACUCCUCAGGCAAUAAAAGAACUUGAUCAACUGCACGAUGACUGUAAGAUGGUCUCGAAGACAAUAGACACACUCAUCUUGGAGCUGUAUCCUCCACUUAAUGUAGUUAAUAUGGAAGAGCAGUCACACCACUUAGCAUCCCUCUUGAAGACUGCCAUGAAGACCUGUGCCCAGACCCACAUAGCAACUGAAGCAGAGCAGCCACAGCUAGAAUUCAUUACCAAGGCCAUUGAUCACAACCUUGACCGUAUGAAAGAAAAGCUUAGCCAACGGUAAUGGCAACCACUGUCUUUGUAUAUUGUUAAAUUGGUUCUAGAAAAACUGGCAUAUGCUAUGUGUAUUGUUGCUAGAGUGAUAUUGGUUAAAAAUAUUUUGCUUUUCCUGUGCUGUGAAUUAUGUUUGUAUAAAGAAUAUUUUUGAAAGACUAUUCAGUACUGAUUUUAUAUUGAAAUUUACCAUAAAAAUCUCUGAUGGAUAUGAUUUCAUGAUUGUCAUCAUUUGUUAUGAAAUAGAAAUGCAGUUUUUUUUAAGCUACAUGUUAAUGAAGCCUAUAAACUAAAUGUUUGUCAUUUUGUUGCAUUUUAUGUUUGAUAUGGAUUUAAAUAUACUUCAAAAUAUUCAAAGUAAAGAUUUUUUACUUCAUAUUAGACUGAGGCACAUUUAUGCAAAAGGAAAGUGAAGCAAUCUAUUAAAAAAGGAUUUACAAAACAGAGAUUAAUUAUGGCUUCUCUCCUAUUUCAUUUAUCAUUACAUAUGUUUUGAUUUUGUUGCUGUUGAUAUUGUAUCAUUUUUUUUGUUAAUCUUACUUGUUGAGUAUCGGGUGAACCAUUGAUUUAUGGAAAGUAUUUUGCUUUCAGUUUAAACACUGUGCUUCAAUAGCUAACAUCUUCAAUAUUCUUUUUUCAUUUUUGCGAGACAGGCUGUUUUUAUUAGUGCACAUAGUAAUUGAGGCAUAUAUAAAAAAAAUUGAUGUUUAUAUAAAGAGAAAGUCAAUAAAAUUCCUUAAAUGCUA